AUGGCACUGAGGAGCAGCGCUGACUCUACGAACGAAUCUGAAUAUUUGUAUAAACCAGCCUCCAACAACAGCCCUAUUGUUACCACAGCUGAAUCAAAUGAUUCAGAUGGCAUAAUAAAUGAAGAGUGGAACGAAACAAGAAAAUGGAGUUACUGCAGCCACCCAGAUUGUUCCGUGAAGAACCAGCACACAAUGUGUUUGGCAGCGAAAAGGCAGAGUCCAAAGCUGUUCGCGUCGGGGAUGACCGCCUGGAUGCGCUACCAGAUCCUGCUGCUGCACAACCGACACCGCGACAACAUCGCGCUGGGGCUAGAACCCGGCCAGCCGCCCGCCACUAAUAUGAGGAAGUUAUAUUGGGACUACGAGCUGGAACGAAUGGCCGAGGUGUGGGCCCGCCAGUGCCAAAAACGACAUGACGAGUGUAGAAACACUAUCAGAUUCAACGUGCUUCAAAACAUGGACGUAAGACCGGUGGUUCCUAAGGUGACAGAGGCGCAGCUGCUGUCGGACGCUGUCGGCGCCUGGUUCUCCGGCUCGCGGGUGCUGCCUCCUGAGCACGUGUGGUCGUUUAGGACCAGCAACUGUAGUUCUUCUGGCGGGUGUAACGCCCAUUGGUACUCGGCCGCCGCUUGGGGAUCCACAUGGCGUAUAGGUUGUUCCCAGGCGUUGUGUACUGCUAGGAAGCGAUCGUGUGUUCUUUUCCGUAAGAAACGAAGAAUUCCACCUGCAACUGAAAAUAGAUACUCUCCGUAUUACAAAAACAUGUCUGUUCCUACUGAAAACCCGCUACUACGACGCCCAACGAACUCUAGGACUGUACGUUUCGAAGAUUUCGCUACUAAACACAUGCAAAGUACUCAGGAUUCACCAUUGCAUCGUGGUAAUUUGGACAACGUUCUUAAAGAGAAGAAGCUUGAGGACGUGAAGAUGAUAGCAUUCACGUUUUGCAACUAUGGGCCUGCGGGAAACAUCGAUGGGUUUCCGAUGUAUGAGGCGGGCGACGCGUGCAGCAACUGCCCGCAAGGCACCCGCUGCGGGGACAAGACCCACCGUGCGCUCUGUGCCAUCAUUAGCGACCCCGAUACUGAAGACAAUAAUAAUAAUAAUAACUCUUAG